AUGAAGAACAAAAAAAAAUAAAAAAUAAAGUGAAAAUCCAAAUAUAAAGAGACCACCACACUUCAUCUUUACCCCUUUCUCUCGCGGAAUUUUUGUAGCAAAACGAAUCGAAUCGGCUUCCGAAGAUUAUUAGAUUUUGCUUUUCUGUUUCUGUAAAUGCAAAAUCAAAUCCAUUAAUCGAACUUGCUACUAGCUUUUCGCCAUUAUCAAGUAAUUUCUGAUUAUCGACUAUAUCAUGGCGGAAUAUGCGAAGGUAGAACUAGAAAAGCUUAAGUUUCAAAGCUAGGGCAGAGUUGAACGAUUUGAAUCUGGAUUUUCUAAGAAAAUGUCGGCCGAUAAAGGUGAUCAUCACACGAUCCCGUUAUCUGUGCUGUUGAAGCGUGAAUUGGCGAGUGAGAAGACUGAGAGACCGGAGAUUUCUACUGGUCAAGCUAAUCAGUCCAAGAAAGGGGAGGACUUCACGCUACUCAAAAGCGAAUGCCAACGGGUUUUAGGAGAUGGUGUCGCCACCUAUUCUGUUUUUGGGAUAUUUGAUGGGCAUAAUGGGUCUGCAGCAGCUAUAUAUACUAAGGAGAACCUAUUAAACAAUGUCCUGAAAGCUAUUCCUACAGACCUAAACCGAGAUGAAUGGAUUGCAGUGUUGCCUAGGGCUUUGGUGGCAGGAUUUGUGAAAACAGAUAAAGAUUUCCAAGAACAAGUUCAAUCAUCAGGAACAACUGUGACAUUUGUGAUUGUUGAAGGAUCAGUUAUAACUGUAGCUUCUGUUGGUGAUUCACGUUGCAUACUUGAGUCUGCAGAAGGUGGCUUAUAUUAUCUAUCAGCAGAUCACAGACUUGAAUGCAGUGAAGAAGAAAGAGAGCGUGUCACUGCUAGUGGUGGUGAAGUUGGUCGGCUGAAUGCAGGUGGUGGUGCACAGAUUGGUCCUUUGAGAUGUUGGCCUGGUGGGUUGUGUUUGUCAAGAUCAAUUGGAGAUCUGGAUGUUGGGGAAUUCAUUGUUCCUGUUCCUUAUGUUAAACAAGUGAAGCUAUCCUCAGCUGGUGGAAGGAUGAUUAUUGCCAGUGAUGGUGUCUGGGAUGCCAUGUCAGCAGAAGCAGCUCUAGUAUGCUGUCGUGGACUGCCGCCAGAUACAGCCGCCGCCCAAAUUGUAAAAGAAGCUGUACAGUUUAAAGGAUUACGCGAUGAUACAACUUGCAUUGUUGUUGACAUUCUACCUCCAGAAAAGACACACUCUCAUGUCCCACAUGCAAAGAGAACUGGUAAAAGGGUAUUAAAGUCAAUGUUUAGGAGAAAGAGUUCAGGGUCACCCCCUCAAGUUGAUGUAGGUUUACUUCAAGCAGAUGUGUUGGAGGAGAUGUUAGAGGAAGGAUCUGCUUUUCUUUCAGAAAGGUUGGAUACCAAAUAUCCGCUUUGUAACCUGUUCAAGUUGUUCAAUUGUGCUGUGUGUCAGAAACAGAUGAAACCAGGGGAGGCUGCCAUGAAAAGAGAGAGGCAAUGGAAGGGAAAUGAAAAUGACCAUAAAGGAAUCUUCGGUUAA